AACAGGCUCGGCGCUCAGAGAUGAUGUCAGCUCCGGUUGCCUUGCUGAGUCGGAAGUGAGAACCUUUUGGUCGCUGUAGCUGUGAGGUGUCGUCGUCCCUGCCCUUCCAGGCUCUGGUACUUUUAUUUUCAUGUGUAAGCUCAAUGACUAAGUCUAACCUGGAUCUCCACAGAGGUUCUCAACAGGUGAUCUAUCGGCCCUCAUUUUUUUCCUCCACUCCCCUAGGCUGGAUGGAGGAUACCUUAAAGUGAAAUGACAGACCAGGAGAAUAACAACAACAUCUCAAGUAACCCCUUUGCUGCUCUUUUUGGCUCCCUGGCUGAUGCCAAGCAGUUUGCAGCAAUCCAGAAAGAGCAGCUGAAGCAGCAGUCCGGUAGUGUGUUUGGUUCUGAGGAAGGAGCAGUGUGUAACAGCUUACAUGUUCCGGCAGAUGAGCUCCCAGCAAGCCCAGAUGACUCGGACAAUAGUGUGUCAGAGAGCCUGGACGAGUUUGACUACUCAGUGUCCGAGAUUAGCCGCUCCUUCCGGACACACCAAGAAAUGUGUGAGCAACUCAACAUCAAUCACAUGAUCCAGAGGAUCUUCCUCAUUACUCUGGACAACAGUGAUCCAAGCUUGAAAAGUGGGAAUGGCAUCCCCAGCCGUUGUGUGUACUUGGAAGAAAUGGCAGUAGAGCUGGAAGAUCAAGACUGGCUUGAUAUGAGCAAUGUUGAGCAGGCCAUCUUUGCUCGGUUAUUGCUUCAAGAUCCAGGAAACCACUUAAUCAGCAUGACUUCCUCUACAACUUUAAAUCUCUCUGCUGAUCGUGAUGCAGGAGAGAGGCACAUCUUUUGUUAUCUUUACUCCUGCUUCCAAAGAGCCAAGGAAGAGAUUACCAAAGUUCCAGAAAACCUACUCCCCUUUGCAGUGCAGUGCAGAAACCUCACUGUGUCCAACACUCGAACAGUUCUCCUCACCCCAGAGAUCUAUGUUGACCAAAACAUCCAUGAGCAACUGGUAGAUUUGAUGUUGGAAGCUAUUCAGGGAGCCCAUUUUGAAGAUGUAACUGAAUUUUUAGAAGAGGUCAUUGAAGCCUUGCUGUUGGAUGAAGAGGUUCGAACAUUUCCUGAAGUCAUGAUUCCAGUGUUUGACAUUUUACACAGCCGAAUAAAAGAUCUGGAACUCUGCCAGAUCCUCCUAUAUGCAUAUCUGGACAUUCUUCUUUAUUUCACUAGGCAGAAGGAUAUGGCCAAGGUUUUUUUAGAAUACAUUCAGCCCAAGGACCCCAGCAAUGGGCAGAUGUAUCAGAAGACCUUGCUGGGAGCCAUCCUGAAUAUCUCCUGCUUGUUAAAGACUCCGGGUGUGGUAGAGAACCAUGGCUUCUUCCUGAAUCCAUCCCGUUCCAGUCCUCAAGAGAUCAAAGUACAGGAGGCCAACAUCCAUCAGUUCAUGGCUCAGUUCCAUGAAAAGAUCUACCAGAUGCUGAAGAACUUGCUCCAGCUCUCUCCAGAAACCAAGCACUGUAUCUUGUUCUGGCUUGGAAACUGUUUGCAUGCAAAUGCAGGCCGCACCAAGAUCUGGGCCAAUCAGAUGCCUGAAAUCUUCUUCCAAAUGUAUGCCUCGGAUGCCUUCUUUCUGAAUCUGGGUGCUGCCCUCCUGAAGCUGUGCCAGCCAUUCUGCAAACCCAGAUCCUCCCGGCUCCUCACCUUUAACCCCACGUACUGUGUCCUCAAGGACUUGAAUGAUGAAGAACGAAAAAUUAAAAGUGUGCAUAUGAGAGGUUUGGACAAGGAGACCUGUCUGAUCCCAGCUGUGCAGGAGCCAACGUUCCCCCAGAGCUACAACCUUGUGACGGAGAACCUGGCCCUGACAGAGUAUACCUUGUACCUGGGAUUUCACAGGUUGCAUGAUCAGAUGGUAAAAAUCAACCAAAAUCUGCAUCGGCUGCAGGUUGCCUGGCGGGAUGCUCAGCAGAGUUCUAGCCCUGCUGCUGACAAUCUCCGUGAGCAGUUCGAACGCCUGAUGACCAUCUAUCUCUCUACCAAGACUGCUAUGACUGAACCCCAGAUGCUGCAAAACUGCCUGAAUUUGCAGGUGUCCAUGGCUGUUCUGCUGGUUCAGCUGGCCAUAGGCAAUGAGGGCUCACAGCCAAUAGAGCUAAGUUUUCCUUUGCCAGAUGGCUACAGCUCUUUGGCUUAUGUACCAGAAUUGUUUGCAGAUAACCUGGGUGAUUUCCUCAUUUUCCUCCGGCGCUUUGCUGAGGACAUCUUGGAGACGUCAGCAGACUCCCUGGAGCAUGUCCUUCAUUUUAUCACCAUUUUCACUGGAAGCAUAGAAAGAAUGAAGAAUCCUCACCUGAGGGCCAAACUAGCAGAGGUAUUAGAAGCAGUGAUGCCUCACCUAGACCAGACCCCAAGCCCCUUGGUGUCUAGUGUGUUCCACCGGAAGCGUGUGUUCUGCAACUUUCCAUACGCUCCCCAACUUGCAGAAGCUUUGAUCAAGGUUUUUGUGGACAUCGAAUUUACAGGGGACCCCCAUCAAUUUGAACAGAAGUUUAAUUACCGCCGCCCUAUGUAUCCCAUUCUAAGAUACAUGUGGGGGACAGAUUGCUAUCGGGAGAGCAUUAAGGAUUUGGCUGACUAUGCCUCUAAGAAUUUAGAAGCUAUGAAUCCCCCACUGUUCCUCCGAUUUCUUAACCUGUUAAUGAAUGAUGCUAUCUUCCUUUUGGAUGAAGCCAUACAGUAUUUGAGUAAGAUAAAGAUUCAGCAGAUUGAAAAAGACCGAGGAGAAUGGGAGAGUCUGACACCAGAAGCCCGUCGAGAGAAAGAGGCAGGUCUGCAGAUGUUUGGGCAGCUGGCACGGUUCCAUAACAUCAUGUCCAAUGAAACAAUUGGUACCCUUUCCUUCCUGACAUCAGAGAUCAAGUCGCUGUUUGUGCAUCCGUUCCUGGCCGAGCGCAUCAUCUCCAUGCUCAACUACUUCCUGCAGCACCUGGUGGGCCCCAAGAUGGGUGCUCUCAAAGUCAAGGACUUCAGCGAAUUUGACUUCAAACCUCAGCAGCUUGUAUCAGACAUCUGCACUAUCUACUUAAAUCUUGGGGAUGAGGAGAACUUCUGUGCCACUGUGCCCAAGGACGGACGUUCCUAUUCUCCAACGCUCUUUGCACAGACAGUCCGAGUCCUGAAAAAAAUCAAUAAGCCCGGGAAUAUGAUCGUGGCUUUCAGUAACUUGGCAGAGAGAAUCAAGACCCUAUCUCAAAAAACAGAAGAAAAUACAUAUGCAGACGCCUGUGAUGAGUUCCUGGAUCCUAUCAUGAGCACACUUAUGUCUGACCCUGUGGUGCUUCCAUCUUCCAGAGUCACUGUGGACAGAUCCACCAUUGCUAGGCAUUUACUCAGUGACCAAACAGAUCCUUUUAACCGUAGUCCCCUUACCAUGGACCAGAUCCGGCCCAACACAGAACUGAAAGAAAAAAUCCAACGGUGGCUCGCAGAGAGGAAGCAAAAGGAGCAACCGGAAUAAAUACUGUGAACUCUGCACCAUGCACAUGCCCCGGGUGUAAACUGAUGCUUGUACUUGCGCUUUCUCUCCUUCUGGCUCUGAGCCUCUUCUUUUUCUUUUCUGAUUUAUUUUGUUGGGUUUUGGUUUGGUUUGGGUUUUUUUGUUUGUUUGUUUUUUAUUUUGGUUUAUUUCAUUCUUUGUUGUUNAAAUUAGAAAAUUGUUCUUGUGCAAAUUAUGAUAAUUACGAUUCUUAAGAUGUUGUUUCCCUGGCUUACAGAAAAUUCUCUUCCUCACAGCAUCUUUAUAAAUCAUCACUAAUUUUAGCCUUGGAUUUCCUAUUCUCCUUGUUUCCUNUUCUAUCCUAAAUUAUAUUAAGUCCAACAACAAAAAUGUCCUGCCAUUUUUUUCUUUCCCUUCCCAAGUACUGUUCAGACAUUUUUUAGUGAGCACUGCUUUUAAGUCUAUGAUGUCAGCUACUUCAGUGACAGUGAUAACAUCCAAAAACCCUACUGUCCU